CACUUUGUGAGUUUCCCGAUGUGGCACGGCCCGGCGAAAGAGACGGUUGCUGAGGAGGCUCCAUCGUCACGACCAAAGAGUGCUGGAGCUUCCUCAGAGUCGAGCUGUUUUUUUGCUGCUUCAUCUUCCCAGGGUCUGCUGCUGCGUUGUUCCUCGUUGUUCCUCCUUCUCCUGCUUCUCGCACUGUUUGCCUGGCUUUGAUCUGCUUCCACGUCUCUCUCCAUUCUUCUAUCCCAUCCCAAGUGUCCUGUUUUAACCGCUAUUUUAAUUUGUGAUUCACAACAUACCUCAGGGGAUAAUAACUAAUCCAAUCAUACACCAUCCAUUUCCAAUUUCUUGUCUUCCCAUCCACAUAAAUGAGAAACCCUAACGUUUUUCUUGUCCAGAACAACAGAGCAGCUUUGUCAGUUACGCCCAACGCCUACGACAGAAGAGCUUUGGAUGCCACCAACGAUAAAUCUUUGGUUCACAGUUUGAAUAAUCUAACUUAUUUGGUCAGUGCCUCUCCCAAGGCUAGAGAAACCCUAGCUAACGAUGGUGGAAUUGAAAGAUUGAUCGACAUCCUCUCAAACUGCUAUAUCAACCAAUUUGACAAUUUUAAUGAUAACUCAAACUACUUUGAUCUAUUCCAUCUCAACCAUAAUAACCUAGUUUACUCAAACUCAAACUAUUUCAAUUUGUCCCAAUUUGACAGCGACUUUAAUAAAUUUAAAAACGAUUUUAACAACUUUCUAUCCGGCUUUAUUAAUGCUAAUAUAAACAUAGACCCAAUCAAAAUCAAUCCUCAAAGAGACUCUAACCAUAACCAUAACGACAACGACAACGACAUCGACAUCGACAUCGACAUUGAUAUAGAUAACGAUAACGAUAACUACCCUUCUGAAAAAAAUCAGAAAAUUCAAUCUGACCAUACCGAUAUAGAUAUAGAUAUUGAUAUAGAUAAGGACACAGCCGACACUGAUACUGAUACUGAUUAUGUUUUAAACCCUGACAACACUUUCAAUCCAGAUGUUGUCUCUGAUGAAACCAUCUUUAACCCAUCGAAUAUUAAACUCUCAAAAAAAAUCUUGAAACCAAGGACCUGUACUAGAAACAUGAGUAUAAACAUUUCCAUCAAAGAUAUAUCAAUCAACCUUUCCUCUUUCUAUAAAUUCUUAAUAAAAUAUCAAUACAACCUUAUCCAACUAUUGAAAAAAAAAAUUGUCGAAAGAAAAGUCUUAAUCGGCUGGAAAUGGACUCUUUCAAUACAAGUACUAGUAUUAUGUGGUACAAGAGGAAACGAAAAAAUCAGGAAAAAAAUCGUCAACUCAGGAAUAAUACCAAUACUAACAACAAUCUUAGAUAACCAUCUUUUUUACUGCUACAGCAUUAAAAAAAGCUCUCAAAUUCCAAAAUCUUAUUUCCCAAUAAAUAACAAUGAUCAGCCCAACCACCCCUUUCAAUUCACCAACGCUCUUCCCAAUCGUCCCAAUAAUAUUCCAAUCAAUAAUAAUAACAAUAACAAUAACAAUAACAAUAAUAAUGUAAGAACUUUUCUAAACCCCUCAAGAAAUAUUGACCUCAACAGAAGAAGAGAAGAGCUACUCGAAGGCGUUCGAAAUGCUUCUGCAAUAACUACAAGCAACGCUAUCAACAAUGCAAAUCAGAAUAUCCAAUCAAAUUUGUCUCACAAUCAGUUUCCCGAUUAUAAUCUAAAUCAUCCAAAUCAAUCUACAUUAAGUCCAGAUCAAAUUCAAUAUCUUAGAAAUUUACUAAAUCCAACCAAUUCUCGUAUUCAAAUCCAAAAUGCAAUCAAUCAACACCAAUCUCUACAAAAUGUUAGAAAUCAGCAAUCUCGACAUAAUCCAAUUCAAAAUCAAAAUCAAAAUCAAAAUCAAAAUCAAAAUCAAAAUCAAAAUCAAAAUCAAAAUCAAAAUCAAAAUCAAAAUCAAAAUCAAAAUCAAANUCAAAAUCAAAAUCAAAAUCAAAAUCAAAAUCAAAAUCAAAAUCAAAAUCAAAAUCAAAAUCAAAAUCAAAAUCAAAAUCAAAAUCAAAAUCAAAACCCCAAUCAAAUUUUGUCAAUUACACAAGCCACAAAUUUAAUAUAUGAUUUUACAAGAAUGUUAAACUCAAUUGAUAGAACAAGAUCUUUAAUUAACUCGGUAUCAACUAUCAACAACAAUAACAAUAACAUUCUCAAUAGCUUAAACACAAAUAACACAACUAACGCAACUACCCCAAAUAACUCAAAUAACUCAAAUCCUGCCAAUCCCAAUAACCGCUCAUUAGAUCAAAUUGAGUCUCUAAAUGCAAUAGCUGAAAAUAUCCAAAACAUGAACAACAUUGUCAACAAUAUUCAUUCCACUUUGAACUCUUACCCAAACACCUCUCAGCCCGAACUAAAUUCAAAUCCCAACCAUAUCCAAAACCACAACUCUACUUCUGAAAAUAUAAAUAACUCCCUAAGACAACUCGAUCGAUUACGAAACCAGGUAUUAGCCGAUUCCUCAAAUCUACAAAACUCUGAAGAACAUCAACCUUUAUCUCAUGCAGCUACUCAGACAUCAUCCGGCAGCACCUUACCUUUACCUGCAGACGCACUUUCCGAAACUAUUUCCAGCUCAACAUCCGAAUCAAACCAAAAUUUAAGUGUAAAUGCUUUAAAUCACCAAAUCGAUACAAAUUUGUCCAUCAGCAAUAACGAAAAUGACUUGCCUUCUGCAAACUUAACCGGAAAUGCUUCUCUCGAAAAUUCAAUUAGUAGCACCAUUAAUAGCAUCAAUAAUAGCGUGGAAAAUUUAGCAUUUGAAAGACGUGAAAACAUUCCUCAGAAUGAAACCUCACCUAGAAUUUCUUCUAAUGAUUCAGAAAUUACAAAUGAUCAAAUCACAACUUCUGAAAAUCCUUCAAACAUUUUAACUGUAAAGUCAUCUAACAAUGAUUUAAUUUUUUUGCUCAACAAUUUAGGUGAAAUCAAUAUAUGUUGUGAGAAGAAACCUAGAGAUAAAGUUUACUGUUCUUUAUUAAUUCAUAAAUUGCACGUUGUCAACAACAUUCUACAAGAGAUUUUUAAUCGCCAUUCUCAACAAAGUGAACAAAACGGCAAUGAGUCAAAUAUUCAGGAAAAUCAAAAUCUAGAUCAAACCAAUAGAUCAAAUAACGAGACCCUAGAAAAUCCUCGUCAUUCUUCAGGCUCGGAAGAAAAUGCACCUAUACAACCAUUGAUGCUUGAUUUCCGUGGGAAUAUUGCAUUUUCAUAUUUUUCUUCUGAUCAAAAUACUUAUGUUAAUGAUCAAAGUAGCAUUCACAAUAAUUCAGAUAGCAAUGCUACUCUUACAAAUUUAAGCAAUGAACACAAUCCUUAUAGCAAUGAAAGCAGAAACAACGUUGCCAAUAUUAGUGGUAAUAUCGCUGGCUCCAACAUUCCUAACAAUAAUAAUGUUAGUAGUUUGAAUAAUAGUAAUAGUAAUAGUAAUAGUAAUAGUAAUAACAAUAACAAUAACAAUAACAAUAACAAUAAUACAAAUGAAGAAUUCGAAGCACAGCUUCAAAAUCCUGAGCUAAACAACUAUAUUGAUCAAUUUCUUGAAGAUAUAGUAAAUGCCAUCAAUAUAAAGUUUGGCACUAAUUUUUCAGUUUCAUCUUCUGCUGAAGGUGAGGCUGUAGAAUCUGAAGAACUGAGCUCGUCAUUUUCUGAUAGAACCUUCAAUUUGGAUAAUUUUUUCUUUGAUCGUCAUAUAAAUUAUAAUAUUUCAGAUAUUUCGGAUAUAGACGAUGAAGAUUAUGAUGAUGAAGAAGACGAAGACGAUGAUGAUGAUGACGAUGAUGAUGAUGAUGUUGAUAAUACUAAUACUGAUGCAUUUGAUAUUGAUGUUGAUUUUAAUGAUAAAACUUUUUCUAAUAUUGAUAAUUUUGACAAUUUUAAUUCUUCUAACUUCAAUGCUACCGCUGAACUAGGAGCUCAAUUACCUGGAUCUAGAACUUCUAAUUUUCAUUUUCAAAGGCCUGAUACUAGAACUGCUACUGCUGAAGUUGUUUUGAAUUUUGACAAUAACAAUUUAUCUUGCCCAAGAGAAUUUUAUCGAGGAAAAAUUAUUCCAAAGGAUGAUGAUCUUGUUUGGACAUUACAAUUGCUAGCUUUUAUUUCAAAAUAUACUGACCUAAAGGACUAUUUACAAUUCAGUUACAUUCUUCCUAAAUUAUCAUUAAGAAAUUAUCCAAAUGGUAAAAACAUGUAUAAUAUCAAUUUGGGGGAUUUACAAGACCAGAUAUUGCAACAAAAAGCAUUAUUUCCAAUGUACCCCUCCAUCUAUAAUGUUGCUGGAACAUCUUCACGAAAUAGUUUACUGAAUCAAGAAAAGAUUAAAAUAGACAAAUAUUUCAAAAAUAGUUGGGGUGGGCAUGAUUACACUGAAAGUAGCUUAUUGGUAAAAAAUGCUGAUCGUAUUGUCAACUAUAAACUUAAUGAUUGUGUGGAAUGUGAUGAUGACUAUCACGAAGCAUAUGAAGGAGAUAAUGAUCAUACGGAAGGUUUUGAUGAUGAUUAUAUUCAAUUAGUUGAUCCUGAUGUAGAUGCAGAGCUUCGGAAUUAUAAAACUUAUUGUGAAAAAAAUCAAGAAAAAAAUGAAUCAGAUAUUAUCGAGUAUUUUUAUUUAGUCUCAAAAUUUGAAGAGAUCAAUAAAAUUAAAGAAUCGAAAAUAAAAUUGUUCAAAGGAAAGAAUAUUUUAACAGAAACUGAUAAUUUUGAACUUAAUGAUGCCAUUGAUAACUUUAGUGAUGAUGAUUUUAUGAUAACUGAGGAUAAUGCUAAUAUUGACCAUGAAUUAAUUAAAUACCAAUUGCAGCCCAAACAACUAACAAAAGAAGAAAUCAAUCAACGAAUAAAUUUUGAAUCAAAUGAUUUAAAAUCAAAAUAUAAUGACAUUGAAAAUGUUAUAGAAAAUCUUCACAAUUUCGAUCCCAGUGAUCAGCAAAAGAAUUCCAAGAGCGAUUUUUUGUUUGCUUAUAGCAUCCAAAAAUCUUCAUUACUUGAUAAAAUCAAAGAAAAAUUUUUCAACAUAACCAAAUCUAAUCAACAAGUUAAUUUGAAAUGGAAGAAGUUGAGUUACUUUAAAACCAAAAAGGCUUUAAUGGAGCGAAAAUGGGACUAUAACAAAUAUAAAUUUGAUGAUGGUGAUUAUAGUUAUUUGGUUAGAAAUGGACAGGAUGAAAGUUUUAGAAGAAAAUAUCUUCAUUUACCAUUUAAUUAUACUAGAGCACCCUUAAUAACCUCUGCUGUUAAAAACUAUCAUGCUGAAUCAGUUCCUUCAAUAAAUCAUUUGAAUCUUUAUUUGGACAUGAAAAAUUUCAACAGAAAUGCACCAUUGAGCAAUGAGAUUAAUCAAAAGUCGGUUGUUUUUUCUAAGCAUGAUUUGGAUUAUUCUCUUUUACCGCUAGAUUUUUUAAAUAUUUUCCCUCUCGUUGAAAAGUACACUAAUAAAUCCAUGUACUUGAGCGAUUUACAUUAUUGGGCAGAUGUUAUUAUGAGAAAUUCGUGUCGUAAAGAUGAAAGACGAGGUGGAGUUAGACAGUGUGCAUAUGUUCAUUGUGGUAAAUGGGAAGCACAGCCCAAAGACUUUGCAAAAUGCAAAAGAUGCAGAAGAACCAAAUACUGUUCCAAAAAGUGUCAGCAAGACGCGUGGCAGCACCAUCGACACUGGUGUAUUCCAUCAACAUCCAGUUCUUCUAGUCGUUCGGGGGCAUCUGCUGGCAGUUCGUCUGCUCUCCCCUCUCACUCAACGGGAACAACUACCCCAAAUACAUCAAGAGACUCGACAGCUGCGCCCAACACUGCUGGUCCAUUUUCGGGUGGAAUUCUGAUCUCUGGCACCAGACAGCAGCCACAGCAACAGAGAAACACCACCAAUGAUCGCAACAACAUGCCAAAUAGUGAAAGCGGAUUGCAAGGACCAAAUUCACGAGGGUUUCCCAGAACAAACCAAAGAGCAGAAUCAGCGCAGGACAGAAGCAAUCACCAACCCUUCAGCUCGUUGAUCAUAAACUCAGCACCCGCAUCGAGAAGCAACCCCACGUCUUUGAUAGAUGUCAACGUCAUUAACAAUAUCAACACUAUUGAGGCGAUCAACAACAGCAGGAAUCUGGGAAAUCUCCUUGCGCGUCGAAAUUCGACCUCGAGCCAACAUCCUCUUGUUCGCACCAGCACAGUGGCAGGAAGUGUUUCCACAGGCCUGCCAGCCGAGGACGCUGCUGGUGUGCAGCAGAGUCCCAGCACAGGGCACUAGCUGCUGCUUCUCCGGCUUCUCCGGCUUCUCGUUCUAUACAGCACCGUACAUCGCAAUACACGUUCGACAUCUCCGCCGGUGCCGCAGCUCCGGCCCGG